UUAAAAAAUAGUAAUUGAUACCAACAGGAGAAGAGAAAAUGUUGAGGAAGGAGGAGUGGAGGGGAACGGAUCUGCUGGGUGGGACUAGAUAAAGUGAAGCAAGCUGACAAGACUAAGGGAAGAUUGGAUGGUGGAAAUGGAAUCGGCAGCUGAAAACCCUAAUUACCCGGCGGUGGACUACAAGCGACCUUCCAUCUUGUCAUUUCCUCGGAGGCCCGCCCUCAGAGUUACAUCCGAGUUCGAUAGUGAAAGCGCAGUCUUCUUCCAUAAGAUUUCCUGCAAGUUGUUGGACAGCCUUGCCAAGUUCAAGUUUUCGUUCAACCACAGCGGUAAGGGCGGCGACAUCUCCGAACCUCAAUUCAGCUUUGUCUCCAAGCACCUUAGCCUCCACUACGACCUCGAAGACCAUAAUGCUCUCGUUAAGACCUCCAUCGAUCUUGCUCCCAGUUUGCAACUCACUGCUUCUCAUGAUCUCAAGGCUCAACAAGGAGAGGUUACCGUGCUUGCAAACCUCGCCGAUCCUGCCUAUUCACUUCAACUAUCUACUCCACUUCCAUCCGUUGGAUUGCCAAAAGCUACCUUCAGAUUUCCUCUGGGUGAACUUUCGCUGCAGGAGAAACAAGAGGAGGAAGUCAAUAAUUUGUUGUCAGUCGAUGGGGUUCUUAAAGGACAAUUGUUUAAUGGGCUCUGCUCUGCCCAUUACAAGGACGAAGAACUGAAAUUAAGAUAUGGCUAUAAGGACGAUGAAAUCUCAUUUCUUCCAAUACUUUCACUUCCUUCAAAUGCCCUGUCAUUUGCAUUUAAGCGUCGGUUUGGUCCUUCCGACAAAUUAAGUUACUGGUACAAUUGCGAUUCCAACUAUUGGAGUGCUGUCUACAAGCGCACCUAUGGUAAAGAUUUCAAAUUUAAAGCUGGUUAUGAUUCAGAGAUUCGCCUUGGCUGGGCAUCUCUUUGGGUUGGAGAUGAAGGUGGGAAAGCCAAAACAGCUCCGAUGCAGAUGAAAGUUCAAUUCAUGCUACAAGUGCCACAGGACGACAUAAAAUCUUCUGCUUUGAUGUUUCGGAUUAAGAAAAGAUGGGACUUUUAAGGCUCUACUGGUGACUUUACCUGUUUUUUAUAUAUAAAAAAUGGGUAUUUGACUUUGGGCAGUUCCAUUGUGUUUUAGUUUGUUGCAUCCACAGUCCACUCUUUGCAAAAGGGGGUAUUGACUAUUUGACAGGUUGAUAUUUCUCCAAGUCAGCUAAUUGCUUCGUGGUGUGACAAGUAAGAACAAUUUUCAAUCGUACAAAAUUUGUAAAGAUGAUUUUCUGAUUUGUAAGUUGGCAGAUUAUGGUUAUCGAAUGCAGACAGUGCUGAAAUUGGUUAUGCAUUUGGCUAAAGGCCAUUCAACUUUGCAAGUU